AUGCAAGUUGCUCGACCAUUCGACAUUCUCGCCAUCGAGGCUGCCGCUCCUCGACUCCGCUCUCUUCUCCUCAACACUGCUGCCAUUCCGAUCCCUGUUGCCCGCCCCGUCCGCAUGACUCCUUCCGAGCGAUUCUAUCAAUCGGAUAGGAUGAUUCAGCAGGUGAGGCGGCUGCAAAGGGCUGCUGAAAGCCUUCGCCGCCCCAGACUGGUAAACAUUUCCAAAUUCGAACUUUUUUUCAAUUUCAUCUUUUGCAGUGGAAUACCGGACCUCUUCGACUCCGGCAACGGGCCCCGUCCACCCGCCAUCGUCCUACGGCAUUGGUUCGAGUUCAAUUUUGUCUUUUAAAAGUAAUUCUGAGUUUUCAGGACGUUCUCCGCCGCUUCUCACGGGAGGUUCAUCUCGUUCUGCAAAUCCUCACCCGUGAGCUGCGCAAGUUCCGCCAGCUCCAUCUAGUUUGCUUUUCUCAACAGUUUUCUCAAAUAUUUUUUGGUUUAAGCGAAUGGGAACCUGGGUUCUUCGGACCUUCGUGAUCGAGCUGGAAUUGGCCAGAAACGCUGUGGAAUCAAUCGUGGUAAGAGCAGUGCCCACUGUUAGGUAAUGAAAACUUUUUACAGAUCGACAUGGACGCGUUCUUCUGGCACCGCAACCCGCAGUUCAAGAAGUGA